GUGACCUUUCUGAAGGUGAAUGAGGAAAAGAUGGGUUUUCUCUCUGUGUUUCAGACUUUCCUCCAAUCCUUUGUUUCAUUUUGUGUGACUUACAGUUCCAAGGAGGGUUUUGGCUCAGUGGAGAAGGUCGUGCUGCUCACGUUUCUGUCAGCGGUUAUCUUGAUGGCCAUCUUGGGGAACCUGCUGGUGAUGGUGGCUGUGUGCAGGGACCGGCAGCUAAGGAAGAUAAAAACCAAUUAUUUCAUUGUAUCUCUUGCCUUUGCGGACCUGCUGGUUUCGGUGCUGGUGAUGCCCUUUGGUGCCAUCGAGCUGGUUCAAGACAUCUGGGUUUAUGGGGAGAUGUUUUGCCUCGUCCGGACAUCUCUCGACGUCCUGCUGACCACAGCUUCGAUUUUUCACCUGUGCUGUAUUUCACUGGAUAGGUAUUAUGCCAUCUGCUGCCAGCCUUUGGUCUAUAGGAACAAGAUGACCCCUCUGCGCAUCGCACUAAUGCUGGGAGGCUGCUGGGUCAUCCCCAUGUUUAUCUCUUUUCUCCCUAUAAUGCAAGGUUGGAAUAACAUUGGCAUAACUGAUUUGAUAGAGAAAAGAAAGUUCAACCAGAACUCUAAUGCUACAUACUGUAUCUUCAUGGUCAACAAGCCCUAUGCCAUCACCUGCUCUGUGGUGGCCUUCUACAUCCCGUUCUUCCUCAUGGUGCUGGCCUAUUAUCGCAUCUAUGUCACAGCUAAGGAGCAUGCCCACCAGAUCCAGAUGUUGCAACGGGCAGGAGCCCCAUCAGAGGGCAGACCUCAGCCAGCAGACCAGCACAGCACACAUCGCAUGAGGACAGAGACCAAAGCAGCCAAGACCCUGUGCAUCAUCAUGGGUUGCUUCUGUCUUUGCUGGGCUCCGUUUUUUGUCACCAAUAUUGUGGAUCCUUUCGUAGACUACACUGUCCCCGGGGAGGUAUGGACUGCUUUCCUCUGGCUCGGCUAUAUCAACUCCGGGUUGAACCCCUUUCUCUACGCCUUCUUGAAUAAGUCUUUUAGACGUGCCUUCCUCAUCAUCCUCUGUUGUGAUGAUGAACGCUACCGAAGACCUUCCAUUCUGGGCCAGACUGCCCCCUGUUCAACCACAACCAUUAACGGAUCCACACAUGUGCUAAGGGAUGCAGUGGAGUGUGGUGGCCAGUGGGAGAGUCAGUGCCACCCCCCAGCAACUUCUCCUUUGGUGGCUGCUCAGCCCAGUGACACUUAGACCCCUGGGACAAUGACCCAGAAGACAGCUAUGCCUCC